CAGAAAGCCAGCCGCAUUCUCCAGCGUGCGGCCGAAGAACAGUCUAUGGAGAGCAAGGGCUACUCGCUGCCGACCUUGUCCGGCCCUAUCCUGCCGUCAGCCAUGCCCUUGCCGUGCAUGCGAUGGUCGGCUCGGGCGCCGGACCAGCCGGCUGCGCCGAGUGACAAGCCCUUGACGCACGCGGGGGAGCUCCCACCAGAGGACGCCCCUGCGCCAGCAGCCGAGCCCGAAGGGCCACAGGCUGAGGUAGUGCAGAAGGAGGCAGAGCUGAAGGAGGCAGCAGAGAAGGAGGCAGUGCAGAAGGAGGCAGAUCUUAAGGAGGUAGCGCUGAAAGAGGCAGCGGAGAAGGGGGCAGAGAAGGAGGCAGCAGAGAAGGAGGCAGUGCAGAAGGAGGCGGAGCUGAAGGAGGUAGCGCUGAGAGAGGCAGCGGAGAAGGAGGCAGCGCAGAAGGAGGCAGAGCUGAAGGAGGCAGCAGAGAAGGAGGCAGUGCAGAAGGAGGCGAAGCUGAAGGAGGUAGCGCUGAGAGAGGCAGCGGAGAAGGAGGCAGCGCAGAAGGAGGCAGAGCAGAAGGAGGCAGCAGAGAAGGAGGCAGUACAGAAGGAGUCAGAGCUGAAGGAGGCAGCGCUGAAAGAGGCGGCAGAGAAGGAGGCAGCUUUGAAGGAGGUUGCUGACAUGGAGGAUGAGGAUUCGGGAGAUGGAGAGUUUUCACAUUACGGGGAGGUGGCAGAGGAUGGAGAGGACGCUGCCGCAGAAGACAGCGUGUCCAUGGAGGGCCCGUCACGACAAAACCUGAGCCUGCAGGAGCAUUUGGCGAACGCCCAAGCAUUGAAGCAGGAACUGCUCUUGGUGCAGCAGGCGGAGCAAGAGAGGCUGCAACAACAGGAUGAGUUGCGCAGGCUGCGCCAGGAUUACGCCAAGCGGCUGUUGGAGAUGGACCAGUUGCAGAAGCUUGCGGCCCGUGGUCAGCUCGAAGUAGAGAAGCUGCGCAGACAGGCAGCAAGAAGGGAUCAGGAGCUGAGCGCCUGGCGUGACCAGAGCUUGGCGAGGGAGCAGGAACUGCAGGAGCUGAGGGACAAGAAGGCGCUCAAGGACGUGGAGGCGGAGGAGCUCAGAAGGCUCCACGCAGUGCAGGUGACGCAGAUUGAGCAGCUGCACAUGCGUGACGCCUUUCGUGAGGAGCAGCUGCACAGGAUCUCCACAAAGGAAGCAGAGCACCUCCGGCGCCAGGGCCAGAUGAAGCAUGAACAGGCGAGUCUGAAGGAAGAGUUGCGCGCCAAAGAAGACGAGCUUCAGAGACAGGCCGCGCAAAGCGCGCAGCACGCGGAUUUGAGGGAAGAGCUCGCGAGGCUGCAGUCCCAACUAGCGGCAUGCAAAGGGGAAACGCAGGAGCUCGAGAGGCUGCGAGGGUCUCAUACAAAGAACACAAAAGAGCUGGAGGAGAGUUUCAGUCAGCAGGCCCGGAAGGAGGAGGAGCUGAACAGUUUGCGAGAACAGCACUCCAAAGCCGGACUGGAGCUUGAACAAUUGCGGAUGCAGCAAGGAGCCUUACAGCAGGAGAUGCAACACGAGAUGGCCAAGUUGCGCACGCAACAUGAGGAGGAGUUAAGCAAGAUGCGAGAGGAUUCCGACCAGCAGGCCGAACUGCAGGAAGAGCUUGUAACCCUUCGCGGGCAGAAGGCGCGCAGAGAAGGGGAUAUGCAGGACUUGCGGAACUUCCUGGCUGCAAGGGAAGGUGAGCUUGAGCAGCUGAGUGGGCGGAUUGCAUCACAAGAAGAGGAGUUGGAACGACUGCGGCAGGAGGAGGUUCAGAGUGCCAAAGACGAGUUGGCCAGUCUGCAGGUGCAGAUGGCAGAACAGGAACACCUUAGAUCACAGAACGUCGUGAAGGACGCAGAGCUCGAGAGGCUGCGAGAGUAUCAUACGAAGAAAACAGAAGAGCUGGAGGAAAGUUUCCAUCAGCAGGCCCAGAAGGAGGAGGAGCUGAAGAGCCUGCGAGCACAGCACGCCAAAGCGAGGCGGGAGCUUGAGGAGUUGCAGAUGCAGCAAGGAGCCUUGCAGCAGGAGGUGCGCAGCCUGCAAGAGCGGCACAUCUUGCAGGAGAAGGAGAUCUCCUGCCAGAGGGAGGAGCUGGAAGGCCUCCGCGAGCAGAAGUCCCGGCGAGAAGGCGACAUGGAGGACUUGCGCAACUUCCUGGCGGCGAAGGAGGAUGAGCUUGAGCAGCUGAGCGGGCAAAAUGCCUCGGAAGUGGAGGAGUUGACCAAGUCCCUGGCUGCAAAGGAGGAGGAACUUCAAAGAGUGAGCCGGGUGAAUGCCUUGCAGGAAGCGGAGCAGCAGCGCAUGCGUGCCAAGGAGGAGGAACUACUUCGACAACAUGGCCAGAUGGUGGAUGCCCAAGCCUUUCUGAAGGAGGAGCUGGCCAGGCUGCAGGCGCUGCUGGCCUCGGAGCGGCUCAAGGCCGAAGCGCAGCACGGGGUGAAAGAUGCGGAGCUGGAACGGCUGCGGGCCAAAGAAGCAGAGCUUCAGAGACAGGCCGGGCAAAGCGCACACGAGCAAGCUGGCUUGAAGGAAGACUUGGCCAGGUUGCAGCUGCAGCUUUCGGAGGGCGUGGAAAUCCACGCCUCCGAGCAUGGCCUUUGGGAUGCGGAGGUGCAAAGGCUGCGGAUGGAUGAUGCCAAGAGAACUGAGGAGCUGGAGGAGAGUUGCAAUCUGUACGCCAAGAAGGAGGAAGAGCUGAGGCUGCUGCAAGAGCGGCAUGCCAUGGCCGGCGAGGACCUGACGCAGCUGCGCCGGCUGCUGGACUUGGCCCGGGCGGGGAAGAUGCGAAAUGAGGACCUCCGGGCGGUAGAUCAGGGGCCGACGCAGAAGACCCGGGAGGCAGCUUCAGCAGCGGAGGAGCUUCGGUGCGAUGAGUUCCCGGAGCUUUUGUCCCAGUUCCAGUCCCUACAGGCGGCGCUGCGAGAGAUGGAAGCCGGAUACGCCAAAGGCGCGAGCCGGGGCAAGGGCGAAGAUGCGCAGCUGCACUGGCAGAACACUUUGCUUCACGCAGAGCUUGAGAGCCUGAAGGAGAUGCAGGCCGCCCAGGAGGAGGAACUGGAGCGCUUGCGCGGCAAGGACCAGGAGCUGCAGCGCGCGCAGGUCCAGGCGGAGGAACUGGCCUCGUUGCUGAGUCAGCUGGGUGUGGAGAACCAGGCGCUGGCCUCAAAGCAGACGGCGCAGAGCGAGCAGCUGCGGCUCUUGCAGGAGGAGCGGGGCGCGAGGUGGGAGGAGGCGCGGCAGUGCCGGGCCCUUUUGGGGCAAAAGGAGCUCGAGCUUCAGCGCCUGCAGGAGCUGCAAGCGCGGCAGGGCAGGGAGCUAGAGGAGUCGAAGGUGCAGCAGAUUUCUCUCAGAAGCGAGCUCCAGGCCACGCACGACCAGGAGCAGGCGGCGUCACGGGAGUUGCAGCACCUGAGGCACCAGGACGCCAUGAAGAGCCAGGAGCUGCAGCGGCUGCAGAGCCUGCAGCGGCUUAAGGAUGAGGAGCUAAGCAGCCUGAAGGCCCACAGCUCUUUGCAGGAAGCCCGGAGGCAGCCCAUGCACGACGACGAGGAGCUCACCAUGGCAGAGCCAGCAGCGCCGCCCAUGGUCCCACUGGUUCCCACGGAGCCUGUGGCCGCUGUGGCCGAGGAGCGCUUGCAUCAGAGCCACCUGGCAGCCAUGCAGCGGCUCCAGCACUUAGCUGGACAGCUGGAUGAGAAGGAGGCGCACUCGCCACGGCAGAGUCAGCUGUCGGAGCCACUGGCGUCCGAGGACCUGGCGAGAGAAGCCGAGAAGCAGCUUUGCCAGGCGGUGCUGCAGGAGGUGAACCAGCUGCAAGAUAUUUAUGCGCAGCUGGGUGCACACAAAGUUUCCCGGAUGCACGUGGAGGGGAUCUCCGAGGACCCGCACGUCGAAGUGUGCUACGAUCCAGCGCGUCCAGCCUCCGCAAACGCGAAGGCCGCGACUUUGCUCACCUCCGGGACGCUCUCCAAGUCUCUGCGCAGCCGGCGCCAGUCCUUCACCCGAGGCCCCCUCCUGUUGGCCGACCGCGCCGGCAUAGAGGUGCCCUGGAAGCCCGUCUAAGAGUCGAGCGGAGGAUUCCCGCGCUGCCUUUCAGAUGCAGCCUUGAAUACUGCUGGGCAAGCCCCUCAUGAGCAAGGGCGCUUGGCCUUCUUGUUUCGGACCCAGGGCAAUGGGAAUGCAGCGAUGCACCCAGCACUGGGCCAAGGGGCUCCAAGAGCCUUCUGUUUAUUUUGAGAGAGGCACCCCAGGGCGUGGGUGCACGUUCCACGCGUGGUGAAACCGCCAGAUGCCCUGCAACUUUCCGAAGCCGAUGGCGGUGAAACCGCCAGAGCUGUCCAAGGCAGGAAACCUUUAAAUUAGGUCCUUUUCUUUAAACAUCGACCCCUAAAGUCACUCAACUCACCUUAUGCCCGGAGCUGGGCCCCGGGGCCCCGGGCCCCCGGGGCCGGCUGCGCGGAUCUUGCGCCAACGUCGCGUCAACGUUCCGCGAAGCGCCGUGCUUGGACAAAGGUGCCGCGGGUCAGGGGCAGGGC